AUGGAUACACGAUCUUUAUGGAAUAUAAUAUUGGGUGGUCACUGGAAAUGUACAUCUGGUUUUUUACAUUCAUCAGAUUAUGAGAUUGCAUCCUACUUAAAGAUUACAAAUCAAACACGGACAACAACUAAAUUAUGUUCAUUUUCAAUGAUACAAAAAUUAGUAAAUGAAGAAAAUACAGUAGUAAAUUCGGCGUGUCCAUUUAUAAAUGCUAAUUCAUGGACUAUAGUAGAUGAUUAUAUAUUUUUGUUAUUUGAUGGUGAUGAUAAGUCUGGAGCUAAAUUAGAUAUUUGGAAUAUUAAUAGUUAUUCAAAUAAACCUUUUGGGCUUAUUUCUUCUUUUGAAAGUAUAUCACAAACUAUUCAUGGACCAAUUUUUUCUAUUAUGAAUAAUAAAACUAUUAAGGUAAGUUUAAAACAUAAUUUACUGCUUUAUAUUGCAGAGUCACAAAAAGCUAAAGUUAAAGAAUGGUUCUGUAUAAAUAAAGAAGAAAGUAAUAAAGAAGAGAUUAUAGAAUAUGGGAGAAAAUUUGAAUUUUCUGAACAUUGGGGUGAGCAUUACUAUAAAUUUUCACAUCCUAGUAUAUUUGUGUGGAAUAUUGAUGAUAAAUUUUCUGGAAUUGGUGAACAACCUAUAGCUUUAAAUUUUAAAGGUUCAGAUACAUGUUCAGUUUUUUAUAUGGAUUUAUUACCUGAUGAAACAGGUCUAAUAAUUACUACAGUAGAGAAUAAUCCAAUAAAACUUGGCUACUGUUUUUGUUUUAGAAGACCAUCAAAAAUUCUUUUAUUAAGUGAUAUUGAUAAAUAUAUUUUAAAUAAUAAUAUUAAAAGUGAACUAUGUAAUUUAAAUAUUACUCCAAUCACUAUUUCUUCAGAUGAUGAAUUUGUUAGAGCAGCAACUGUUAUACCAUAUAGUGGUAAAGAUUCAAAUAUAAGGUGUUCAAUUAUUUAUUAUUCAUAUUCAAUGUUAAAUAAUGUUUCUGUUCAUUGGUUUUCAAUAAAACUAUGUAUUCAAGAUUUAUAUAAGUCUGAUAAAGGGUGGAUAUGUAAUGGACCAAAACGUGUAUGUGUUGAAAAUUAUUCAGAUCCUAUAAAUACCAUUCACCCAAAGGUUUUCCAAGGAUUUUGUGGACUUUUUGGUGAUGAAUUGAAUACAAUAAAGAUAGUUCCAGAUACAAGAUGGAUAAUUACUUCUACUAUUCAAGGCCCAUUUACAAUUUUAGUUGCAAUAAAUGUAGAUACAUGUGAAGUUUGCAAAAUUGAAUUUGUACCGAAAAAUAAGAACUGUUCAUUAAUUGGAUGUUAUAAUAUUUUGGAUGUAACUAAAUCAAAGAAGAGUAAUUCAUGGUACUUAUUAAUUGUUUUUUCAUCUCCAAUCAUACCAUCAUUAGCUAUUCUUGCCGAAAUAAAAGAUUUUAAUCCAACAUCUAAUCAUAUAUUAUAUGCUAAUGAAAUAAAAACAAUAAGUAGCCCUGUUGGAAUUGAACAAAAUAUUUUAGAUACUGAAUUUCCUAAAUUUGCAAAAUCAAAUUUCAAUAAUUGUUCAGAUAAAUUUAUUGAGUUACUUAGUAAUAUUAGUUAUGAAAUAUUUGAAGAUAAACAUAUCUUAAUGAAACCUAAAUUAUUUGAGAACCUACAAAAGAUACCAAUAGUUGUUAAUGUUCAUGGGGGGCCAAAUAGUGUUUCAGUGUGUAACUUUGCAAUUACUAAUUGUUUCUUUGUAUCAUUGGGAUAUGCUGUAUUACUUCCGAAUUAUCGUGGAUCAAUAGGAUUUGGUGAUAAUUACUCAAAUUGUCUAAUUGGAAGUGCUGGGAAUAUUGAAGUUAAAGAUGUGCAUGAUAUAAUGGAAAGUGUAAUUUUGAAAUAUAAAGAUUUUAUUGAUAGUAAAUGUUGUUUUGUAUUUGGUGGAUCUUAUGGUGGAUUUAUUACACUCCAUUUAGUUGGUAUGUAUCCAAACAGAUUUAAUGCAGCAUGUAGUAUUAAUGGAGUUACUAAUGCAGCCACAAAAAUAGGUGUAACAGAUAUUCCUGAUAUAUCAUUAGGAUUAAUUUGUGAGUCUAAUGUUCAGUUCUGGAAGAAUGCAUCAUAUACAUCAGAUCAAAUUAAAAGACUUUAUGAAAAUUCACCUAUUGCAAGAAUUUCUAAUGUUACAACACCUUUACUACUAGCUAUUGGCACUGAUGAUAUCCGUGUACCUCCAUCACAAACUAUUGAGUAUUAUAAGAUCCUUAAAUCAAUUGGAAAAACUAAAGUUAAAUUUUUGCAAUAUCCUAGUGAACAUCACAGUAUAAGUAAAUUGGAACACUUGACAGACUUUUUAUUAAAUGUUGUCGAUUGGUUUGGUAGAAAUGGUGGAAUUCCAAUAAAAAUCGAGGAUAAAUAG